AUGGUAACCCAAAGGAAAUACAUCGAACAACCCGACAUCCCCACCGACUCCCAAGACCUCCAAAACCCAACAAAUCAACGAACAAUCGAACAACAGGAAAAGCAAGACAAUUUCAUCGCCAAGAAAACCCGCGACGAAGGCGGCCAAUCCAAUCACUCUCGUUCCCAGUCGCGGAAAGCACGACGAAAGCGGAUCGAGACUGCGCAGCGGGAUGGCAAGUACAUGCACACGAAUAAACUAGAGGCCCUAGAGGAGGCCGAUGCGAAUGGGGAAAUGGGGAUGAUGCAGCCAUUCGAACGUAUUGGACCGGAUAGUACGAGUAUGGAUGGGCCUGUUACGAUGGCCAGGGCCAAGAGGGGCGAGAUUCCAGUCAGAGGGGUGAAUGGGCAGCAGCCUUACUUCUUGACGCCGGAAGAACCGGCCAAGAGUGGACCCGGUGGCCUGGCAGACGCAGACGGCCUCAAACUCACCCUUGAAGCAAAUCUGGACAUCGAGAUUGAGUUGAAGGCCAGCAUCCGUGGCGAUCUGACCUUGUCGUUGUAG